AUGGGCGGAACACAUUCACAGCCAGAGGAAGCAAAAUCAGUGUACAUCAACGAGGACGAUGUGCCUGAAGCUUAUAGGACUGUGGGUGUAUCACAAGAUGUGGUAAACGCGGUAAAUCAAGCUCAAAACAGGACCGGCAAAGUGGUAAUAGAAGCAGCAACAGACCCAGAACUUGCGUGAGUUAUUUUUACUUGUUUUUUCGAUGUUUAGGUUAUGGAAAAGUUAAAUUGGGAUCAAAAAUGCAUGGAUAACAUCGAAAAAGGCGGAAAUAGUGUGUAAAAUUUUGCUUUAGAGCUUACAUGAGUUAAAAACGGAUAAUUUAGAGAUUUUUUCCUAUUGGGAAAUUCAAAAGUCAACUUACAUUUUUAUUGACAAAAAUUAUCAAAAAUGAAAAGUUUCCUUUGAUGACACUAAAAAUUUGAAUAAUUUGUUUAUGACGUGGUUAUUUGAAGAAAAUAGCAAAGCUUUCAUUUUGGAUUAGGUUUAUCAUUGAUAGUUCUGUACCAUGGCGAUUUUUGGAUGUUGUAUUUGUGAAAAAGGAGGUGUUUGUGCUGAGCAUACUAAACCUGUUAUUGAUCAAUCUAACGCGCCUUGCUGCAAGGUUGAUCAGAAGCCGUUUAAGGGCGAUAUUGCGUUAGUUUUUUUGGUUACUUUUACUUCUGUUAGGGCUUGAGGUUUUGCCAAAGCUUUUGUAUAGGUUUAAGGCCGGUAGUUACGAGUUAAACGUCAUGUACGGUAUAAUAUAUUAUUUUAGGUUGAUAUAGUCUUUUUUAAAUACUUUUAAAAUUUAUUUUGAAGUUUUUAAUAUUUGAUUUUUAGCAAAGAACUAGACCGACAGAGAGAUGAGAACCGAAAACUUCGCGAGGAGAUGUUGAGGUUGUCACAACUCCAAUCGCGACAACUUUCUUCUGUUUCCGCCAACACUAAUGACAGUCGGGCCGAGAUCGAAGAGAAAAAACGAGUAUUCCAAGACACCGUCGACCGUGUGAAAGAGCAGUUCUUUGGUUAUCAAAAGGAGAAUGUGUGUGCUGAUGUUGAAAAGGUAAGUCGUUUAUAUGUUCAAAGGUUUAGAAGGAGGUAGGAUAGGAACUAGCUAUUGUAGUAGGUGCCAUGUGAUAGGAUGUUGGAGUUGUGGGUUAAAAGUGGGUAUUGUUUAUGUUUUUGAGUUUGGGCUUAUGAAUUGUGACUAGAAUCAUUUUUUCAAGAUCAAGCCAUUUUUUUUCUUUGUUUAACCGCUAGUACGUCUAAGUUAAUAUUUCCCAAUUUACAGUAGAAAGCUUUACUUACUGUAGCUUUUGAGUGUAAAAUUAUGAGCGGAAGAAGCGUUUGACUCAUUCCGAGCGGCGCCUUUAAAGUCCAACCUUGAUUUUGAUCUUUAUCAAUGCGAAAAUACUUCUUUACGGCAUUGACGAUUAGCUGAGUGAGAAAAAAGCGACAAGUGUAAUGUAGAAGUGCGGGAAUUUAAAUAUUAAAAAUUUGUGAGGAUCCAGAGGUUUUAUGUGAACGUGAUAUGCUUGAUAUGACUUUGGUAUUAUUAUCUAUUCUUUGUGGAUAUUAGUUAUGGAAUGGUUAAAAGAUUCGUAGAAUAGGGUUUUUUGUUGAUUUUUUUGGGUUUUUUACAUACUUUUUGAUUGAAGAGUAAAAAUAUGGAUAAUAUUGUAAAUCGUAUUCUUCAUGAUUGAAGAUCUGAAAGGUGCUGUGCCGACGAUACACGUGGGCCCGAAAGCCGGUGCCCAAACUAAGUCGCCAGGGGCCCAUUACUUUAUAGGUCUACACGAAAGUCUUUAUUUGGGCAGGGGCGGGCAUUUUCAUCUUUUUUUUUUUGACAAAAUUUGAACGUGGUCCCUCCUGUUGAUCAAAAAGUUCAAAAAAUUUUUUUAAAAAGUUUUUUUCUGGAUUUAAAGACGUCACUAAUAUCAAAAUAGUUGACCAAUAUUUGAAUUUUUCAAAUUAUUUAUUGAAAGAAGUGAAAGCAAUGUCCAGGAUAAAUAUUUUCGUAUUAUUUUUAGUGUGAUUAAACGAUUUCGGCAUUUUUAAUGACGGUUUUAUGACGAUUUCAAAGGAUUUAAAUAUGUUUGUUUUCAUAAGAAGAUGACUUUUAAUUAAUGCCAUUUGAAAGGGAAGUUUCUCAAUUUUUAAUUUUAGGCGAUAAGUUUAGAAAUUUUGAGAAAAUAGACGUUGAACUUGGCUUUAAGUUAAGUAUGGGACACUGCUACAAGUUUUUUUUUCUGUAGCGGGGGAGGGGGGUUGGGUUAAUCUAGUUUAAAAUUUGGAAAAUGGAAACUUUUAAAAUUUAACUUUUUUGAAAUUUUUUUUAAAAAAAUAUGUCAAUAUUACUACAGUAACCCCCAACAAGAUGACCAAAUUCGUUGCGAAAACCAAUUUUAUACCUUUUCUCGUACACGAAAACGUGCGAUCUAAUGGGAUUUGGGUGGCGGAUUAGGGAUGAUUGAAGGCAUUUCCAGAACAAACGACAUUAAUUAAACAAACCAAGAACGACCUCGUCAUAAUUGUGACAUUUUCUGAGGGGAACGAAAGGUUUUUGAGUAAUUGGAUGGGAAUUGAGAUGGAUUUUCAUUGGCUUAUAUGUAGAGUUCCUGAGGGUUCCGAAGCCGGCUCCGGGGUAGCUGCGGAGCUGGAGUCGGAGGUAAAAUAUAAAAAAAAGGUGGAGCCGGAGAUGCAGCUGAUGUUGGGAAUUUUACAUCUGGAAAUUUUACUUAUAAAUAGCAAAGUUAGGCUUUGGAAGUGGAUUUUGAUUUUCUUUAUUUAAAAAUUUUUUCCGAAAUUUUAAAUUUGAUUUUAAUUGAAAUUAUGACUUGAUGACAUGACUUUUCUCAUAAAGCGUAAUGUCAAAAGGUCGGCUAUGAAACAGCGUUAAAAACGAUGUUAUAUUUGCUUACCUGUCGGGUUAUGUAAAUGCGAAUAUGAUUGAUUUGCUCUGAUUUCCGUUUAGCGCUUCUUGGAGUUUUCAUUACUGGGCGGCGAGAUUAGGAUGGGGUUUUAUGUAAAAUACGAUUUGGAUAUUUUUAGAAUAUUAUUCUUUAGAAACCCAAGAAUAUUGUUGACUAUAACGAAUCUUUCCUUAUGAAGAAAGUCGUCUAUAUUUCAAAGUUUGAUUUCAAUUUUACAGACCCCUGGCGCUGUAUAUUUUACAAACUCGGGGCGGUUUUGUAGGUUACCGCGCCGUAUUUACGACCAAAAUGAGGCGAGUAUUCUUCUUUUGUUUGACUUUUACGAAACUUGAGUUAAUUUUGAAAAGAUUUACUCUUGUUUGAAAAUGUUUUAUCUUGACUUUCAGUAGCCAUGAAAGGGGAUCACUAGGGCAGGACUGGACUGGGCCAGGGACGUCGCUACGGUUUUUCUUUGGGGGGGCUACCUGUGGACCGAUUUUUCAAAAAUUGUUUUUUUCUUUUUUCGCGUACAGGUACCUACCUACCUGUGGAUUUUUUUUCGGAUCGGCUCUGGUCACCCCGAACCACCCCCCCCCCCCCCCCCAAACGACGUCACUGGGCAGAAGCAAAAUUGAAAGGCGUUUAAGGGCCGUGGUUUAAAACGGGUUCUAGCGUUUUUACAGGUUUACUUUUGAGCUUAAAAUUUGUUUUUUGUUAUAUUAUUAUGACUUUUCUUAUUAUAACUUACAUUUUUAUAACUUUUUUGGCAAAAAAUGAUAAAUUUUGGCCAUUUUUUGAUUUCAAUUUUAUUUUUGUUUAACUUCCUAGCUAUUAUUCUUUCAUUUUUUAUGUUUUUCUGUGGUUAUUGUGUCAUUUCUGUCGUUGAUCACAAUCAGGUUUAUAGGUUAUGCGGCCAGUUUUUAUAAACUGACACUUGCGCAGUGAUAACUUUUAUUUUUAAUCCGAGAUGAUAAUGUGAUUGUAAUGCUUUGUCGCGGGUUUUCUGGAUUGUGGAACAGAUGGGAAUGUCAAAAAAUCAACUUUCGAGUGGGGUGGCCGUAUUUUACCUUUUUUGUGAUAAAAAUUAGACAAAUUUUUUAGUUUUGGAUAUUAAGUUAGGCUUGUAUUGGCGUUUUGUAAUGUUGAAAUAGUUUUUUGGCACUGUUCUUUCUAGUUUAGCUAAACAAUGCUACUACACAAAAAUAAAACUCUUAGAUUGUUUAAAUAGUUUUGUGCUCCUUAUUAAAGCAAGUUUCCGGCAUCAAUGGGCACAGAAUUAUUUCACCUACCUGAUAUAUUAAGUUAGUUAGUCACUUUACUUUUUCAACUAAAAUAAACUAUAUACGGUAGUAAAUCAACGAAUCGUGUGUCAACUCUUUUCGCUGAAGCUCGUAAAUUAAAAUACGUUUGAUCUACUUGCCGCUGGUCAUGGUUUUCACCUAAUUUACGAGGUUAAUCACGACUAAUUGCGAAGUUUGGUUUGCAUUUUGGUUGUUGUUUUAAUCAAAUUUAUUGGUCGGUAUAUGAGAAGUUGGGUAAUGGGUAAUUCGAUGGUGGUUAGUGCAAGUUUCAAAAGCAAAAAGGCUGUUCAGGAGAAGGUAUUCAGAGUUAUGUAGGGUUUUGAAUGGUUAUUGUAACGAGGAAUGGAGAAGUUAAAAUGGUAAAGAAGCUUCAAGGGGUUGGUUUGGCCUUGGUAGAUUUUACAAGUUUUUUGUAUAUUUGAUGAUUCUUAGAGGUUUUAAAAUGUAAAAUUACACUGUGCAGGUCAAUUUGUAUUAAAUCUUGGGUCUUUUGGUUACAGUCAAUAAUAGAUUUGUAAAGAGGCCUGUCCUUGGUGUGGGAUCCUACACUUUUUGCAAGUCAAAUCUAUUGUUGCGGCAUCUAAGCUGGCUUCCGGAAACCAGGUUGGUAUCAAAUCUUGUAAUGAGAAAAUUUAAAAAUUUAUAAUGCUCUUUUUUAGUGUUGUUUUACAUCUAAAAAAAGAGUUUUUAAUGUUGUUUUACAUCUAUAAAUUUUUAAAAAUUAUAAACUAAUAUAAAAUAUUUAAUAUUUAAAGUAGAUACGUAAAGAGUAAGAGGUCGACCCCAAUUUUUUUGGCCUAUAUCCUUUAGAAGUUGUUUUUUUCAGCCUGGGGGCGAGACCGGACCGGGCCUAGUGGGUAGGUAUAAUCUAAAGAGAUGUUUUCUUAAAUUUUUUAAAAAUGAACAUUUAAACGAAGUUUAAAAAGGAAAGUCUACUUUUUCAUAAUUAGUAAGAAAGUAAAGACUAACUUUAUUUAUAAAAAAAGCUACGCUAGAUUUUAUCAGUCGAACCUGACAGAACGUUAGUUUUUUGUUUGUGUAUGAAUUGCAAAAGUUUUGUAAAAUACGUUAGGAAAUUCGAAAUUUAUGAAACAACUCAUAACAUUAAAAACCAAGAAACUACUCAUAGUUUAAAAACAGUUUUGAAAAGUGUAUAAGAACUUGACUCAAGGCCAAGAUAUUCAAAUUUUCUCAUGACCCUCAAACGGUCGAGCAAUGAGGCAAGUCGGACUAAGAGGCUCUCGCGAUCGAAUGAAUGUUUUGAGAAGAGGAAUCGGUUUCCACCUCAGCUGGAAGCAUUCUUUUCUCGGUGUAUUUUGGGUUAUUGAGAUUCUUAACGGACGAUUGAAUGGGAAAUUCGUGUCUGGAUCAAUAUUAUUAAGGGAUUUGGGGGCAGGUUAUCUUGUUCUUGGUUUGUAAUUAGAACUGAAAGGGCGCUCAAUAGGCUUGGCUUAUCGUUCUGUAUGGGGCUAUAUGUAACUGGUUUUCAUAUCAGAACGACUCGAUAAAGGGUAGAAAACACUCGAUAAAGGCCAAGACUAGCGCUAUGUCAAAGUUAGAGAAUAUGUCGCUACACAUGACAGGACGUGUUGCUUAUUAUAAAGGUCAUAUGCUAAAGGAUACUGUAGCUCAAGAUUUAAAAAACCUUUAAUUUUGGGAUUUUUCUGUUGUUUUAAACGAUGUACUAUACGAAGAUGACUAAGCCGACCAUUUUUAGGUAACGUGUUAGAAAAUAGUCUUGUUAUGUAUUGUUAACCUAAAUACAUUACUCAUGCGUUAACAAACGAAAAUGAGUAAAAGAGCUAAAUUUGUUAACACAGGCUCUCUUCGAGUGCAUUAAAGACACAUAAGUUACGUUAAGAGUGAGUAAGCAAAUACGAAUGUUACGAAAAACAGAAUGAGGAAAACAUACAAGCUUUACUGUUAAGGACAGCGAGAUCUCGCUGUCGUCAACAGUAGAGAGCGCCAGGCGAGAGGUCAAGCUUUUGGGGAGAGGUCAGGGCUGAGGAAAGGGGAAGGGGGUGUUGAAGUAGGGGAAGAUAAUCAAGGAUUUUGUUGGAAAGAUUUAGUCUACUUGAGUAAUCGGUACUGCGUUAGAAAAAGGGGUCUAGAGUAUGAUGACUUUUACUUUUCAUAAAGCUGGGUACUGUAAAAUUUUGUAAGAAAGUACACUGUAACAAAGACUAUGGCAACUGAUUAGUCAGUGAUCUUGAAAAUUCGUUGCACUGUUCGGAUAUUAUGAUAUUGUUUGUUCAAAUAAUAAGGUGCCCCUCUCAAGGCGAAUUUUCGCGGUUAUAGGGCACAAAAUUAUCUGAACAAACUAAUACGUAUAGAGCCAUACUAAGUUAAGAACUGCAGUUAUUUCAAAUGUCUACAGAAUUUUACAACAGAUUUUCGAUUUCAACUUUGUCGGACUGUAAUUCCUUUUACAAAAACGAACGCUCACUUUUGAAUUUGGCGUAAAAAAUGGCGCGAAAGAUUGCUGGACGAGAUAAGGCCGAGCUGUUAGACGUUGAAGUAAUAAAUAAUAAAGAUAAUGGAUUUAACGGACAAAAGGGCAUCUGUUUUGUAUGUGAUAGGUAUCUGUUUUGGAGCUUGAGGGUUUUUGAUGGAAAUUUUUUUGGUGGUUUAAUUGAUAUUUUUCUGAUUGGUUAAUAAGUUUAUGGACAUUUUUGUUGUUAUGGCUGAGUGAAGAUGCAUAGAUUUAUUAACUUAUAUAGUUGAGAAAUGAAGAUUGCAAGUUAUGGCAAAGUCUUGUAAGCUUACAAUUGAAAAAACAAGCGAGCUUAAAUUUAAAAAACGAAAUUUACAGGGUUUAGAGAUUGCUAAUUUUGACUUUUUUAAAGAUUUAAGACUUGAAAUAACUGAACCUUUAAGAUUAUAAGCUUUUGAGAUAGUAAGGGGAUUGUGAGAUAACAAUUUUUCUUCAACAACAAUUUUUAGCAACUGCUACGCUGCCUUCAACACAACAAGACGAAGGUGUUGAACUGCGAAAGCCUACGCUUCGAGCUGGACAAGUGUGUCGCUGAAGUCCGCAGCGACGUCCUAAAACAAGCCUAA